AUGUCCACGAACAACUCAUUUAAUAACGUCCAAGUCGCUAUUACAUUAGAUAAAGAUGAAGCAGUACAAACUCUCAAAGCAAAUACACUCCAUGCAAAAGAUAAACACCAAGAAGAAGAUCUUAGUCGUCUACAUUUCUUCUUAGGCAUUGAAGCUACAUGGACUACUGAUGGGUUACAACUUUCACAACAGAGCACCGUAGGAUCACUCCAAUACCUGUCAUUGACAUGGCUAGACAUCGCCUUUGCUGUCAAUAAGGUAUCUCAGUUCAUGCAAGAUCCACGAGAAACCCAUUGGUUUACUGUAAAGCAAAUACUUCGCUACUUGAAAGCCACUAUUGAUCAUACACUAUGCAUCCACAAGUGCUCUUUCAAUGAGAUAAUUGCAUACUCUAACUCCAAUUGGGCUGGUUGCCCAGAUGACCACAAAUCCACAUCAGGGUAUUGUGUCUUUCUUGGUCGGAAUAUGCUCUCAUGGAGCUACAAGAAGCAACCAACCAUGUCCUACUCAAGCAAAUGCCUUUGCAAAAGUAACAUGGAUCCAAUCUCUCCUUAA